CAUUCAAACUUGAACACAAGCAGAAAAAAUAAUAAUAUAAAAGGAGCAAGCGCUGAAGACGAAAAAAAAAAUCUGUAUCCUCAUCAAUCAUGUCUUCUCCUAUCUAUACUCAAGAAAAGGCUCCUUUGCUUCCUUUAAACAGCGAAGAAGAAUGUCAAAGAUUAGACUGCUACAAAAACAAGUUGUACAAGCGUAAAUACAAGAAUCAAACUAUCAUGGUGGUCUUGUUCAUUAUUUUCUACUCUUUUUACAAUGGCUAUCACGAAAGCUUGCUCAACAGUGCACGCGGUAACAAGAAUGUAGAGACUUCAGGCACUUACAAUACUAUUAAUUCCGCCCAAGACUUAUCUACCCUUGACACAUUUUCCGGACUCGUUUUUGAAGAUCAGGUGGAUGAAUUGGAAUACUGUAGAGAAAAGCCUCAGAUUCCCUAUAACGGUCCUUCCAUAUUUGAAUUUGACUCUGAAGAUUUCCCAAAAUUGUCAGUUUCAGAAAACACUAAAUAUUAUAGAGGACAGUCAGUCUCCGUCGUUGGCGGUAAAGCUAAUGUUUAUGAAGAUAAGAGUCUCUCUAAAGUUACUGUCGAGUUCAUCUUGAAAUUUAACCGCGAUGAAUUACAAGAUUUGUAUUAUAUUGAAAAAAUUGAGCAUACUGAAAGUGGACUCUAUGAACUUAAACUCAAGAAUAACGAUCAAAGAGUCAGUGGCUGUGUAACUAUCGACAUUAAUGUGGGUGUACCAACCGUUGCUGCUUUGGAUAAUUUCUCCCUUUCUGUACAUAAUGCCAAUGUUAACCUUCGCAAAGGGUUAACAUUUAAAGAGCUUGCUAUUUCCGUCGCAAAUGGUCAUGUCGAAUUCGGAGAGGGUAUCAGUACCGCCAAAACUGGUUUUGCGCUUGCUAAUGGUCAUGUUUCCGGCGUCAUCGAUACUUUAUCCGAUGAGCUUCAUUUAUCUAUGUCAAAUGGACGUGCUGAUGUCAAGAUUAAGGAAAUUGAUACAUCCGUUGAUAUUCCCAUCGUUUUUAAAGCUUCGAAUGGUCACAUUGAUCUUGAAGUCCCCACAACUUUCAAAAGUACAUUUUCCUUAACUGCUAUGAACGGACGCCGCAUUGUCGAAUCCUCUGUUCCGGAGGACAUCCACAGCAAAACUUCUCGAUGGGGACCAACCACAGGAUAUUAUGGAGAUGAUGCUCAAGUCAAGAACUCAAUCUCUUUGACCAGCUAUAACGGAAGAAUCCGAUUAAACUAUGCUUAAAUAAAAGAUAACAUUCAUUUUAAUUUUGCAUACAUAAUGUUUGUUUAAAAGCCUGCUUUGGCAUAUUUUAGACCUUUUGGAAGAUGUAUUUUUUUUUUAUGAAGUUGAUACAAACAAAAAAAAAAAAA